UAUAGCAUUUACCUUUGUUUUUGUUUUGAAAAUGCGACCUCUGGUGGCGAAAACUUACAUAGUGUGCCUUUAAACAUACUGAUGACAGCAGAAUACAUUUAGAAGAAAACAAUAAGAAUGCUUCCACUGGUUUCCUGCAACAAUAUCAUCUUCAACGGCACAAUUCGGACAUGAAAAGAAAUCAGAGAAAAUCUGCUCUUCUCUCAAAAAUACGUCUGAAUUAGUAUUUGUAUUUGUUCCACUCUCUGUCUCUAUGCGUCUAAUGCAGCUUUGGUUAAAGUAUCCAGGCAGAAUCAUAAAUCCUUCACAUUUCUGAGAAUUCUGAAAGGUUACUGCUGAGCAUGAUCAAAUGUAUUUGCUUUUAUUAUUUCAGUAAGCCCAUACAUGCAUUGUGUUCUCUGGGCGAAGCUCUGAUAAUGCUACAAGCCUGAUGUAGUGUCUCUAAGACAUUACUUAUGACAAGAAAAAUAUGCCAAGAAUUAUUUUAUGAAUUCAUGAUGAAUUGUAGUUAUUUAUUAAAAACAUAACUUCAUUAGUUAUGAUAAUAUACCUCAUUAAACCUGUGCCUAAUAAUAGCCAUUCAUUUUUACCGCAACAUCACAUAUCUUUCGAUCCUUUUAAAUGGAUCUUAAAAGGCUUGAGUGUUUUUUUAUGCAUAUUCAGACUCUGAAUUGACGGUGGGAAGUUAAUUAAAAACUACUUUUCAUUUACACACAAAGCAAUACAUGUAAAAAUGUCAAUGCUCUAAAUUCGGAAAAAAAAAGAAUAUGAAAAAUAAAUAUGACAAGAAAAAAAACCUGGCACCUAAUAUCAUUUUGACAGAAAAAAUACAAUUUUCACAGUUCAAUAUCCAACUGUCCACAGCCAUCCACUGUCAUGGAUGUUCUUGAUCCAAACUGUUACAUUCUGUAGACAAUCAAAAGAACAUCUACAGAACAAUCGUUUAUAAAAGGAUAGUUUGAAGCUUUCAAAUAAUGAGUUUUAAUGGUAGACAAUCAAUUAGGUGAUCAGUCUUGACAGAUACAGCGCAGCGGCCACAACAGAAAUUAAGAGUGCAUGAAAGAGUGAAAAGAAAGGAGAGUUUGCUGUGUUUGUCCUGAAAAUAGAAUAAAUGUGUAUGUAAUGAGACAGAUAGAUUAGAGGGAGGAUGGAGAGAGAGAACAGACAGAGAGACAGAGAGAGGGGGUGAGCGCGCAUAUGAGAGCACAACCACUGGAAUCAAGGAGAAUAUGUGAAGGCAGCGCAUGAACGAGGAGAGAGAGAGACAGACGGGGAAAGAAUCAGAGGCAGAAUGAGUGAGACAGAACGGCAAUAGAGGGUUGGCAGGUGGACCAAUGAAAGAGCUGGAGAUGAGAAGAUGCUUCAGCUCUGUCAGUGUCUCCAGCAUCAGGAGGACGAUACAGAACAACCUGCACAAACAGACUGACAUAUCAGCAGCGUCCUCCUGAUUCAAACCAAGCAGCGAACCAACAGAACUCUACUCAUCUGGAUCACACCAGGCCUUAAUGACACCUGGAGAACUAAGUAUCAGUGAGAUGAAGCAAACUGUGAUAGACCUCCUAAACGCCUCUUUUUAUGAUGGUGCGAUGGAACAGCUUCAACUCUAGAUGAACUAAUCUUGAUUCAACAAUAUGCUGUGGAUCAAUUCUCCACUGGGAGGUUGUUCUUGAGGCAAGAGCACAUGGAGAGUAACAUCGUAAUACUUUGAUUCACAGACUCAAUUUCUUUUUAAUGAGCUGGAAUGCCUUUCCCCUGCCAAGAGUGAGAAGUUGAAUGACGCUCAGUGAGCCAUGCCCUUCAACACCUGCACACUCUCAUAGACGAGCACAGGUUUGCUUAGGAAUCGAAGAGGAAAGCUCAUACUUAAAAUUCUGCAGAUGCAACAAUUUAGCCUUCAGAUUUCAACUUUUCUGCUUAUUACUUCAGAUAUAUUGAGUUCUGAAGCCAGGUCCCUGAGGAGCUGGAGAUGAAACUGCUGGGUCGACCUGACGAUUGGUUUGGCGCAAAAAAUUUCAAGGACACUUGAAGGUUGAAGAAAAAAAUACUUGGAGAUAUUCUGUUUCUUUUAUUGUGACAAAUUAAGAGGCCCAAUUUGGGUGCAACACAUUUCAAAUACAGUACCAUACAAUAUAAAAUGGCUGAACUUGCUGGAUACAAUGGCAGCGAGAGCUUCAUUUUCUCAACGGGUUUCCCUUCUAACUCUACUGGUGACUAUGACUAUUAUGAACCCGAACCUGAUGUUAGCAAGAUCAUCAUCCCCUCCAUCUAUGCACUAGUGUGCUGUGUCGGUGUCACAGGAAACGCCAUGGUCAUCUACGUCAUUCUCAAGUAUGCCAAGAUGAAGACGGCCACCAACAUCUACAUUCUCAAUCUUGCCAUUGCGGAUGAACUCUUCAUGUUGAGCGUCCCGUUCCUGGCGACCUCGGCCGCAGUGCAUCACUGGCCGUUUGGCUCGCUCAUGUGUCGUUUGGUUCUCAGCGUGGACGGCAUCAACAUGUUCACGAGCAUUUUCUGCCUGACCGUGCUGAGUGUGGACCGCUACAUCGCUGUGGUGCACCCUAUCAAAGCGGCUCGCUACCGUCGCCCAACUGUCGCAAAAGUGGUCAACGUUUGCGUGUGGGGACUUUCACUGCUUGUUAUUCUGCCCAUCAUCAUUUUUGCGGACACGGUUCCGGCACAGGAUGGUGGAGUGGACUGCAACUUUCUAUGGCCGGAGGCUUCGUGGUCAGAAGCAUUUGUGGUCUACACAUUUCUGCUAGGUUUUUUGCUCCCAGUGGCAGCCAUCUGCAUGUGCUACUGCUUGAUUGUGGUGCGCAUGCGGGCGGUGGGCCUCAAAGCGGGCUGGCUGCAGCGACGGCGCUCUGAAAAGAAGAUCACACGCAUGGUGUUGCUGGUGGUCGCCGUUUUCGUGCUCUGCUGGAUGCCGUUUUAUAUUGUGCAGCUGAUCAGCGUGUUCCGCAAACCGCCGGACCCCAUGGUGACUCAGCUAUUUGUCAUUCUGAGCUACGCUAACAGUGGCGCCAACCCCAUUCUCUAUGGAUUUGUGUCUGACAACUUCCGCCGCUCGUUCCAGCGUAUCAUCUGCUUCCGCUGGUUGGAGAAUGGGCUGGAUGCCGAGCAGGUGGACUAUUGCGCUGUGGCCCUGCGGCGUCAGACCACAUGUGGCCCACAGGACUUUCCAAAGGAGUGUUUAGCCUCGGACAUGGUGUUUCGUAAUGGAACCUGCACGUCUCGUACAACCACUCUGUGAGAUGCUAUUCAGUGAGUGUGUUAGAGUUUCAAGGGAUAGAAACCAAAAUCAUUUCAAAAUCUGUCAUCAUUUACUUACCCUCAAGUUGAUUCAAACCUGUAUGACUUUCUUUCUUUUGUGGAACAGAAAAGAUGAUGUUUUGAAGAAUCUUUAUGGUUAUCAUUGACUUCCAUUGCAUGGA